AACACAGCGCCGAACACAAACUCUGACCUUGUCAUGUUUGGAUUCUCAGCUGCUUACCUGAACACAUUCUUCCCGACCAUGGGCCGCAAAUAUCCUUCGGAAACGCCUCGUAGUGCCAUGCGUGGCCAGUGUAAUGGAUCUAGUGUCUUGGUACAACGCACACAUAAAUCACCUUCCUUAGAGUGCAGUGCAGAUUGGUUUAAACAAGAAAUCAAAUGUCAAAUGGAACGAGGUGGUUUAUUUGAGGAUCCAUUUAUGCCUGCUACCGACUCAACUAUCAAAUCAGGAUCUGGAUCGAGUAAACAAAGUUACAGAUGGCUAAGACCUGUUGAACUUAGCAGGUGCCCACGUUUUGUUGCAGAUGGAGUUAGUCGCUUCGAUAUUAAACAAGGUGAACUUGGAAACUGUUGGGUUAUAGCUGCCUUGGCCUCAUUAUCAAUGUAUCCAGAAUUAUUUAAUCAAGUUGUUCCACCUGAUCAAUCAUUUGAAAAAUCAUCAAAAUAUCCAUAUGUUGGAAUGUUUUGGUUUCGAUUCUGGCAAUUCGGUGAUUGGUACGAUGUUGUUGUAGAUGAUCGUUUACCAACUCGUAAUGGACAUUUAGUAUUUAUGCAUUCCGCAGAUCCUAAUGAAUUUUGGUCAGCUUUAUUAGAGAAAGCCUAUGCUAAACUUGUGUCGUCUUAUGAUGCGCUUCGUGGUGGGUGUACAGCAGAAGCAAUGGAAGAUUUCACUGGUGGUCUUACAGAACUUGUUGAUUUAGGUGCGAAAGCUCCUACUAAUAUAUUCGGCAUUAUGGAACAUGCAUUGAAUCGUGCCUCUUUAAUGGCUUGUAGUAUUGAUGCUGAUCCACAUGAGAUUGAAGCGAAUGGUCCGUUAGGAUUAAUUCUUGGUCAUGCCUAUUCUGUAACCGAUAUACGACAGGUUCAUACUAAUUAUCAAUCUCAAAGUAUUCGUCUAAUCCGUCUACGUAAUCCAUGGGGUAACGAUCGUGAAUGGUCAGGUCCUUGGAGUGAUCAAUCUAGAGAAUGGAGAAAUAUUCCACCUGAUGAACGAAAACGAAUCGGUCUCACUUUUGAUGAAGAUGGUGAAUUUUGGAUGUCUUUCGAUGAUUUUGUACGUUAUUUCUCACGUCUUGAGUUAUGUCACCUUGGACCAGAAUCCAUAGCUUACAGUCCAGGUCCUGUCAACCGUCGUUGUAAUAAACGUCAAUGGGAAAUGAUAUGUGAAGAAGGUGAAUGGUUGCGUAAUUCGACUGCUGGAGGUUGUUCAAAUUUUCCCAAUACAUUUUACAUGAAUCCACAAUUUCAUGUUGAGGUUGUUGCUCCGGAUGAGUCAGAUACAGAUGGUAAUGGCACUCUUGUAGUUGGUUUGAUGCAGAAGGGAUUAAGAGAAAAACACAUUGAACCUCAUGUGAUUGGUUAUUCUGUAUUUCGGAUGCCUCCAUCUGCUCCAAACAAUCGACUGUUAGAUCGAAGGUUUUUUAUGACUAAUUCAUCUGUAGCGCGAUCACCGAUAUUUAUUAAUAUGCGUGAAGUUUGUGGUAGGCAUAAAUUAAAACCAGGCCAUUAUGUGAUUAUCCCAUGUACAUUUAAUCCAAAUGAAGAAGCUAAAUUUAUGCUGCGUAUAUUCUCUGAACGAGCAUGUGGUUCAAAUGAGUUAGACGACGAUACUCGGAUCAGUUUUAUGGACGGACCUGAUCACCCAAUUAGAACAGCUGAUGAUAAUUUAAUAGAGAAAUUGCAAGUUGUCUUCAAUAAAAUAGCUGGUCCAACUGGAGCAAUCACAUAUACUCAGUUACAAGAUAUAUUAAAUGAAGCAUUUACAAAAGAUUUUCCAUUCGAUGGAUUUAGUCGAGAAACUGCUAGAAGUAUGAUGGCCUUAAUGGAUGCUGAUUUAAGCGGUGGUUUGGGCUUUGAUGAAUUCAAAAAGCUAUGGAUGGAACUACGCAUUUGGAAGACUAUUUUCAAAAAAUUCGAUGAAGGUCAUACUGGUAGCUUAGAAGCUUUCGAAUUAAGAAAUGUAAUGAGGACCAUCGGUUUUCAUGUCAGUAAUAUGAUUUUCAAGGCUAUCGCUUGUCGAUAUGCAAAUGAAAAAGGUCAAAUUUUAUUUGAUGAUUACAUUUUGUUAUUGAUCCGACUAUCCACUGUUUUCGAAACAUUCAAAGCACAAGAGCGCACUCGAGAUGGCCGAGCUGUCUUUGGAGCUGACGAUGUAAGUUUGAAUUAGAUAGUCUGUUCAAAAUUUCAAGUUGUUGUAUGUUAUUUGGUUGGGGAUAGUCGGGAGGGAACCAUGGAUCUGGGUUUCUUACUAGUUGGGACUUACCAGCAAGAUAUUAACUACACUCUAGAGGAAACUAACGCUUCCCGUGGUAAUCCAACCCGCACUCCCAGGUCCUAGUCUGUGACAUCACCACUGAGAUAUCUAAAAUUGAUUAGUCAGUUAUCUUAAUAUCCCAACAUAGCGCAUGCGUUACCGAGUCACUCAGAUUAGUGGCCACAUUGCAAUUUGGUCAGCACUAAAAGACGAGGCUAACGUGACAUCGGUCAUUACAUAGUGAACAAUCAUUUGUAAGCAAUUGCAUACUAUACUGGCAGUGUACGGAAAUUCAGAAUUCGGAAAACGGAGCCAUUUGGAAUAUAAUUCAAGCGUACAGCCCAAGUCAUACGACCAGUAACAAAAGAAUGAAGAAAUGUUUCGUGUUGAUGAUGGUCAUCAGCUGUUGCAUUGGAUACCAGUAGAUAUUCAGUAUAUGGAUAUACACAAGAUAAACUUUGAAUGACAGUACCAAUGAAUCAUUGUAAGUUUGAGUUGAGUUAGACAGGAGGCCAUAAGUAAAAUUCCAUACGGAUCAGAGGGUGAUCAUUGCAGUACUUGAAAUAUCUGGCGCUAUGCGGAUAUGAUAUAAGCAAUCAUCGCAAUAACUGUGAUCUUUAUGUGGAGAAUAAGCAUUCAGUUCCACAAUGUAUCUGUACUAGCUCAACAAACAAGACUGGCGACAACUUAAAUUUUAAGUUUUGCUAGUAAGCAGCUUCCAACCUUUAUUCUUAAUCUUCAUUCGUUUCAUAUGAUGUACACUCUGUGUUACAUAAAGUUAACAUCAAAUCCACUUCACAACUGUUUUCAACCAGAUUUUCCUACUUAUUCCUCCGGCAAUAUUCCACAGAAUAGAUUUCAAGUGUGAUGCAUCAAAUUUUUUCUCUAAUAUAUAGACUCCGUAGAUCAGUGCUUAGCACAAUUCAUCGGACUACAUACCAAACGGACUAUUAAUGCAGUUAGAAAUUAUCUUUGAAUAAGAUCGAUGAUUUUCACUAAAACCUGGUUUGUUAUUUACUAUGGACUAUCCGUUGCGAAAAAGAGCCGUCUCAGUAAUAGAAUGUGCUGCUAGCGUCUUCAAAUCAUGUUGACAACUUAUCGCUUCACAUUACUAUCCAUUUCCUAUUUUGGUAAUGUAUGAAUUGUAGUUUCCAAUUUGCUCAUUCUUAUUUUAAACUACUGCUUAGUAUAUUAUACAUGCAUUCUACAUUCGUUUUGUUUUUUCCAGUUUAUUCGCUCAGUUAUAUAUAUUUAGAGACCCAAAUUAAACCGCCAUCAUAAUAAUAUUUGUGAAUACAGGCAUGUAUGAUACAUAUACACACAACAGAAGAAACCGGCUACUUAUAUGUGUAUACAACUCUUACAGAGAUGCCGACCGUGAUAAUUGGAUUAUUUUGCUAUUUGCUUUUUUUUGUUUUGAUUUUGCAUGCUCAAAAGAAAACUUACAAUAUAUUUAUUAUCUUAC